GACUCCCCUGACAAUAGUUCAGGGGUACACGACGACUCCAGAUGCCCAGUAAUAGUAGGAACUAGAGCAGAAAUCAAAUAGCUCCAUCAAUAGAGAUGCGAGCCCGAUAAUUUUGCAGCCGUCAAUCAAGCUCUCAAGAAAUCCCUGAUAUUGUACGCAAUGGAUCCUUGGUUCUUGUCCCUCCUGACGUCAUCAAUCAAGAAGCGUUCGGAGAGUGACGUAUUAGUCUUCAAAGUAGCUGCAAAAAUGCAGUACCGUGAAACCUCAAGCUAUGAUCCGGAGUGGUCCAAAUGAAAUGUGCCAGUUUGAUUCAUUUGAGACAAAUGGCCGUGUACUGGCAACGUAUCCAUCCUUCACUAAACAGAAUUCGCGUGGAGCUCAUAAUACUUCAUCCCGACUGCAUUUCGAGCCCUCUGUUUGAUGUGGGAUGCGAGCAUUGGUUCUCUUCCAAGCUCCACAAGUUAUAAUUGCCGAAAUCGCAAAACGAGCAAAACAUAACACUGACAAGCCGAGUAGUUCCAUUAACUUCAAAGAGAUGACUUGGUCUUCUGACUUGCUUGAUUCCAAAUCCAAAAGUAACCACUGUGAAGUAUGGAAUGUUUUUGGGUCGAUUUUACGCAAGCCACAUAGUUCGUGCCACGAGCACGUUUGGGAAGAAUAGCUGCCAGCUUGAGAGUAUGGACAUUCCAGAAACGACAGCUUAGACGCGUGUUGCUAGGCGUGGCUAUCUUCUGUUCUACCAAGAGGGCCCCAGGAAACUGGAGGGUUUUAUUUCCUUGGAUGUACGGCUAUUUGGAACACCCACAAACCGAUAACUCUGCUUCAGCCUUCGCAAACAUGGGUUGCAACAACAUCCAACUCGAUUACCAGUAUUCCUUCAAAAGGUUUUGGAACUCCAAGAAAUCACAAUCGGUGAUGUUCGAGCUGAAACACACCGAAACGAGCAAACCCACUAUAGUACUAGCAUCUGUACUUCGCUAGUGAAGUAUCAACUAUCAGUAGCUUUGGCCUGCAGUAGAAGGUCCUGGUAGGAUGAGGGCAUUUAAGUCUGUAGGAAGCCACCACUAUGGGUGGCUCUUUAUCAAGUGUCCUAAUCAAACAUGAUCACGGAACGAUGGAUAACAGCUAUUCAAAUAAG